GGAGGAGCGGGUGGCACAUCGAUAGGGCUGACGGGCAGCGGCAGCCGUCUUCGCCGCCGCCCGGCCUCCUUUGUCCCCUCCCCUCCGCGGCGCGCCCAGCCCAGCCCAGCCCAGCCGGCGGUGCGGCGCGGAGUGGAGCGGGACGGCCUGGGGACUCCCACCCCGCGCCGCCGAGGUCGCCAUCUUCACCGCCCCCCCCCGCCCCGACCUCGCCUCGGACCCUGUCGCUUGGGGCUCCCGGCGGCGGGGGGGCCUGCGCCGCGCCCGCUGCAUGUGAGCGCCGGGCGGCGGCGGCGGCGGCGGCGGCGGCGGCCUCCUCCGCGGAUCUCGCCUGCGUCCUCCUCCGCCCCCAGCGCGGCGGGGAGGGGGCGCGGGGCAGCGGGGGACGGAGGUGCCGGGGCGCGGCGGGCAGACAAAGGAGCGGACGCCGCCGUGGGCAGCGGCCAGGAGAACGUAAGGUCCUGCAGUUUUUAACUCUGAAGCUGGAUAUGCAUUAAACUAGUUGGGGAUCUCUUCAGUGAAUAACUUGCUGCUUAAAGGAAGGACUAGAGGAACUGAAGUUGUGAAAUUCAGUGUUAGGUAUCAGGUGUCAGCUCAUGGGACAGGUUUCAGCCUUCUAGUUUCAGACUGAAUCUGGAAGUCAUCAUCCACUGGCUCUUUGGGAGUGUGGUUCCCAUAACGCUAGGGACCAAAGAAGCGUACAUAACAUUUCUGUGGUGCUGCGACGAACCUUCUGAAAGAAGACUGUAAAAUAACUUUUUGCCUUCAAGUUGUUUGUCCUCGAACUGACUUGUCUUUGGGGAAGAAAACAGAAAAAAAGCUCAACAGAGAAAAGAUUUUCACAUUGGAACCAUUAUAAAUAAACCUAUUUAAAGGACUUGCUACCUGGAGACAGAUUUACAGAGCUUGAGUCCUGCAUUUCAUCUGUGUUCCCACCUCAGACUGUAAACAAUGAGUGAGUUUUGGUUGUGUUUCAACUGCUGUAUUGCAGAACAGCCUCAGCCUAAAAGACGACGGCGGAUUGACCGAAGCAUGAUUGGGGAGCCGAUGAACUUUGUUCACACAGCUCAUGUAGGAUCAGGAGACCUAUUCAGUGGAAUGAAUUCGGUCAGCUCAAUUCAGAACCAAAUGCAGUCCAAGGGAGGCUAUGGAGGUGGCAUGUCUGCAAGUGUUCAGAUGCAGCUUGUAGAUACAAAGGCAGGAUAACCUUGGGGAAACCUUUCCAGUUUAUGUGAGUUCCUGUAUCUUCUUUCCUGUGUCCCCUCUUUUGCCUUGGUGACUGCUUUCUGUGCUCAUGAUGAGAGAAGUGAUGGCUCAUUGUUCACCCUUUGUGAUUAUUCCAGUGAAAAGUUGCUGUUCUGCUCUGAUGAUGCCAUUUAUCAAGUUGGUCCAACCGUGCCUUUCAGUGGCAUGCACACACUGGCCUCUACCAGUAGCAUGGAUAUAGAGCUGUUUAGGAUUGUUUUUAGCUUUUUGUUUUAAGGCAAAUUAAAGCACCAACCUUAGCUUCCCUCAUCCCACACAAAUACUAAUGUUCAACAUUCUGUUCCUUUUUAGUCUUUAAAUCUCCUCUCCACUCAAGUAAUUUAGAAAUGAGUGAGUUUCUAUUAAUGUCUUCAAUCAUCUACUAUUCACACCCAUUUUUCAAAGGUCUGGGACCUGCAAGCACAAAUGAUUAUUUCAUACAAAAUCAGCAGAGUAGAUGACCGCAUGCUUUGUGAGGUUGCUUUGUAUGGUGGCCCGCUUGGUGCUAGAAAAAAAAAAAAAAAAAUGCUUACUCUGCAGACUGGUGAAAAAUUUUGCUGUGGCACCAAGUCAUGCCUGUUUCUGAAAAAGGACUUGUAACUUAUCUGCUUCAGAGUUAUGUCUUUAUUUUAGUUUUUGUUUUUAUCCAACUGGUCUUGAAAUAAUAAAGAGAGAGCUUGCAUUCAUGAGGCAUUUGUUGUAAAUGUUCAGUAUAUUUAUUUUGAAAGAGCUGAUCUUGAGACUGUAAGCCAGUGUAGUACCGUAUCUAAGUGUUGUGGAAGCGCUUUAGUAUAUUUAAGAAAGAAAAGCAUCAUGUUUGGCUGCUUCGUUUUCUUUCUACAAUUUUUCUUAAUUUUAGGCUGUAUGGUCAUUUCCAGUAGCAGCAUGUCAGACUGCCUGCAAUAUUAGCUGAAAAGUUUAGUAGACCGCUCUAAGUAGUUGGCAGUUUCUGUGUACUAAAUAUUUAGGGGCCAUGAAAGUUGCUAAGAGCAACAUACUAAUCUGGCAGAACAGAUGCCAAUGAAAACAACAUACAGGGUGACUUUUUACUAAGUCAGUAAAACGCCUUUUGCUCAGGUUCCAAAGCAUGUUUCUUUCACACGUUGUGAAACUGUAUUUUAAUAUUGCACUGUUUUCAGAUUAUCUCUGUAAAUGGUCCCUUUUUUUCCUCCUUGGUGGUUUGAGAGAAGUCAAUGAUUUGAGUCCUGGUUGAGUUAAAUUUUUAUGGGAAAAAAACCCAUCCAAACAAAUAAGGCAUGACUGUGCCCAGUUGGAUCCACUUUUAUAUGGAAGCACACACGUGUUCAUAAAUACAGAUUGCUGUCAUAAAUGAUUCUUCAUUCUUUGUACAUCCUUUCUCUGAUUUCACAUUGCAACAGCUGUCAGGUUGAUUUAAACAUGUGUGACCCUAUCUACUCCUCUCUCAGUUCACAAACAGACAAAACAGAGGGCUAUGGGGAUAGUUUGCCUUCCCUACGUUGUACUCCAGCCGUAGGUGUCAAUUAUCUGGUUGAAUAGUUCGAAUUAGGUUGGAUAGUCUUCACUGAUAAAGGUACUGAUUCAUGAUGACAGAAGAUCAACAUGUUCAAUUGCCUGGGUGCAUAAACACAUGGCGGUGCAGUGAUAUAUUUUCCUUUAGGGGUCAACAUUUCCAAUGCCACUUUAUCAAUGAGUCUUAAAUAUUACACGAUUACAAAAUUAUUUGAACUUUGUGAUUGGUAAUAGCGGCUUAAAUUUGCUUGCCAAACCUAUCUUGCACUUGUCAGAAUGUUUUCAGCUCAAUAGCCAGGAAAAAAUAAUUGACAUAUUUUUAUAACAAACAUACUUUUUUUGUACAUUGUGUUCAUUCUUGAAUAAAGUCAGUUCAGUGUUGGCUUGUAGAUAUUAAAAGGAAAGUAUUGACUUUGAUUCAAUAAAUGUUUUCUUUCA